CCACGUCACGGACGGAGAGCGGAGUUUGGAUCCGCCAAACCCGGAUCGAAAGCGGCCAGCCGCGUCCAUACAUAAACCGGGGCACGCGCGGCACGGGAAGCGCAUUCAGCACUCCUGGACGACGAGCGAGAAGAAGCCGAGAAUUCAUCAGAGAGGUAAAACAAGAUGGUGGCCAAUGGUGACGCACCAGCAAGAGGGAGCGCAGCAGCUGCUGCAAGCCUGCGCAGGCGUAGAACCACCAGUGGUGCUGCUGCUGGAGGUGGAGGUGGUGGCGCCAGUACAAUGCUUCAGUUCUAUACCGAUGAGGCUGCUGGGCGCAAGAUGUCGCCCAACGCCGUUCUGAUCAUGAGCAUAGGGUUUAUUGCGGUCGUUGCUGUUCUGCAUGUUUUCGGCAAGCUGUACCGCACCCCCAACUAGGUUAUGAGUACCAUAUGGAUGCAGAAUCUCUGAACAGAGCACAGGAACCUAUAGACUGAUCUAAACGCAUAGCAAAUGACUAUGAGAUCGUAAAGAUUUUGGCAUGUUGUAGAGUUUUUAUAUACCUUAUAAUUCGGAGAUGCUAUGUUCGAAUCCUUGCAAGUAUAGCUUGGUAACUGCUUCCUUAUAACAGUUAAUAUCCUUACAUGUUAAUAGUUGCCAUUCUGUUAUUUGUUAUCCUUCA